AUGGAUACCUCCCUUCGCCGGCGCAGAUCAGAGCGCCAAGAGCCAGACGCUCCAGAUGCUGCACAGGCUGAGGCUUUGGCGGCGAUUCCGGAGAAAGACUCCGAAGGUCCACCGAGGGCUGAGAUUUCGGAGUCUCAUCCUUUCUGGAGUGAGAGGGCAAAGGCCGAGGUGGAGUUGCAGAAGGCCCGUCCCAAGAGCCUGAAUGAGGCUAAGAAGACUCCUGAGGUGAAGGUCGAUGAAGAUGUUUUGGAGCCUAGCUAUGAGAUGGAGUUUGGUGGAAAAGGGAAGGGCGACCCUUCAACUUCAGAGGUUGUUCGGGCAGCUAGUGGGCUGGCAGACAGUCAUGGAGCAAGGGGCCGUGGAGGUCUUUUUCAGGAGCCAACGGGUGAAAGCCGAGGGCUUUUAUUUGGGAAGCCUGGAUCAUCGGGACCCCCGGAGCCUACUGACUGGAUGUCGAUGUCGCCUAUGAAGCUAGAGCAAAGCUUGAAGAUCAUGAUGGAUGGGAAAUCUUUGAAGACCUCGACCAAUGAACCCCCUGCCGAUCGGCGAUCUAUGCCGGAGCUGGAGACCGGUUGGAGAACCGUGCCUGAGGAGGUUUCUGAGCUUUCUGGAGGUCAGCAAGUUCGGAACUUUUCGGCUUCUGAGGUACUUGAUCCGAGAGUUGUGGGGGCUUCCAGGGGCAUUCUUCAGGAUUCGGGAGCUGGAUCUUCCAACCAAGGGACCCCAGAGGUCUCCACGACUGUUGGGGAUGGUGCUUCAGAACGGCACUGCAAGGAGGUCUAUCCCUCUUUCUCCGGAAGCCCAGAGAUCCCAGAAGAGUUCGGCCUACGAGAGGGUUAUCCUUUGCCCCCGGUGCCACCUCUGCCUUUCGCCUCUGAGGGGUGGUCUUCCUGGAAUGUUUCGGACCCCCUUCAUUCCACUCACGACCUGGUUAUUUUGGGUCAAGAGCCUCCACGUCAGUCCUCCCUCGAUAUGGAUUUUGGCCCAUCUGUUCACUCCCCGAUGGCUUUUCCCGGGGACAUGGUUCCGUCUAUGGACUUUGGACUUCACUCUUUUACAGGGUUCCUUCGAUGGACUUUGGAUUUCAUUCUGCCGCGGGUGCUGGACCUCAGUACUUCGCUCUGUCUCCCCGCCUACAACCCUAGCAACCCCACCGCGCUGGGAGAUUGGAUCGCAGUGGUCCAGCCGAUGAUUUCUUCACUGUCAGACACCGGGAGUGUCUGGUGGGGUUAUACAUACCAGGCGGCCAACCAGGCCUACGUGCGGUGGCUAUCCACAUCCCCGCUUGAAAGGCUGUCGAUCCAGAAGGAGUUUGAUCAAGUAAACUUGGUGCAGCCCCAGCAUGCCUUGCUGGAACAGCGAUGCGUGACCUUGAUUCUUCAGGCAAUCCCGGAUGCUGUGAGGGUUGACAUUGUCGCCUCACGCCACCUGAGUGUGGCAGGAAUGAUCUUUCGUCUGAUGACGGUGUUUCAGCCCGGGGGAGCGUCAGAACGAUCAACCAUGUUGCGUUUUUUGGUGACGCCGAAGGCUGCUUCCACUUUGUCGGAGGCUGCAAAGCUGCUGAGGCAGUGGACCCAAUGGCGUAUGCGCCUGAAGCAACUGCACGCAGCAGAGCCUGACACCACGCUUCUGGUUAAGGGUUUAGAUGUCCUGACAGGAAAGGUGUUGCAGAAGCACUCCGCGAGCCUUUUCCGACUUGCCACUUUCCGUGAGCGGCUUGGGGUUGACUACCAGCCGACCUCCGACGCUGUGUCGGAGUUGUGUCGAAUGAUGCAGGCGGAGGUGGAGCACCUGAUGCACUCCACAGAUGACAAUCCUGUGAAGGAUGAGGUUCCGGGCCGAGGGGAUGAUGCUAAGAAGCAGCGCUUGCAGCGCUUGCAGACGUCUCCAAGUACCCCGAAGGCCAAGACUUCUCCAGCGGGACCCAAGUCGCCGGGUGCAGGCAUGAAACCUUGCAGAAGCUGGCUAACGGCUGGCGGUUGCACGUACGGGUCGUCCUGUCAGUUCUACCACGACCAGGAUGAAGAAAAGAUGCGGGGCCGAUGCUUCUGUUGCAGUGCCGAAGAUCACUGGGCGGACUCAUGCCCGGUGAAAGCCAGGUUAAAGGCGGAGGCUAAGGCUGCCAAUGAGGCAGAGGCUGCAGCUCCGAGUCAGGGGGAUGGCAACGCAGCCAUCAAUGCAGAAAUCUUGAGUGUGCUAAGGUCGAUCAAGACCAAGGCCUUGCGGCUUAGUGCUGUAAGCAACCCGACGGGCUACGGCUUGUUGGAUAGCGGGGCCUCCGCUUCUCUCCGCCAGGCAUCGCCUCAGGAAAUCCAGGAGUCCCGCCCGGUGAGCGUGUCUCUCGCGGUCGGCGAGGCUCUGAUGCAUGUGAACUCCGCCGGGAAUUUGUUGGUCAGGGAGUCAGUGCAGCCAAUCUUGCCGAUGCAUGCGUUGCGGCUUUUGGGCUGUGAGAUCAACUGGACUGACCGGGGCAUUCACGUGCGGCAUCCAGGUCUCGGGAUUCUCCCGGUGAGACUCAAGGAUGGCACUCCUGAGUUGCCAGAGUUUCUGGUGCUUCGCCUGAUUGCCGAGUACGAGCGCUUCCUCUUGCGCCGUGAGACCUCAAGGGCCGUGUCGCAACAGCUUUGGCAGCGAUCUGUUGGCCAGGAGGAGGUUGGGCUUUCGUCCCUAAGGGAGUGGGUUGCAGCCCAUGUGGCGGCAGACUCGUGCAGCGAAAGUGAGCUGCAGCUGAUCGUUAAGACCCUCUUUCCCGGGCUCCCAGAACGGUUAGCGUCUCAGGUUGCGGUGAGUCCCACCUUUGAUCCCUCCUGCGUUCCUUUCAACCGCCGGACCAGGAGGCAGCUGUUUGACCCUCAGGUCCCGACCUUGGUGCAUCUGUUUGCUGGAAAGCAGCGGUGGCGACAUUCUGUCGGCCAAGUGCUUGAGGUCGAUAUUUCCAGGGGAUCGGAUCUUCUUUCUGAUGAUGUGUUUGGCAUGCUGCUGCGGGCAGCCACCCUGGGUGUCAUCGAUGGGGUCGUAUGUGGCCCACCAAGCAGGACCUUCAAUCCUGAAGCCCUGGCGUCCUCCUCGAAUGGCUUGAAGUUCCGAGGGGAAGAGGGAGACGAUAGGUUUGGGUUUUCAGACCUCAGCCCGUCCGAUCGUGCUUUGGUUGAUCGGGACACCCUGUUGUUCCUUCGGUCUCUGCUGUUGACCUUUGUGGCCUCGUGUGCCAAAGAGAAGUUCUUCAACUGCUUAGAAAUGCCUGAGACUUCCACUGCGUGGGAAUGGCCCGAGUAUGAGAAUGUUUCUGUGUGUCUGGGGGGAUGGACCGCCAGCUUCGACCAGGGCACUCUUGGCCAUCCCUGCUCUAAGGCCACGGCCGUGUAUACCAGCAGCUUUCAGCUGUACGAGUCUCUUCAUGAGCUGAAGCUCCCUCCAGAGGUGAUUGAAGCCCCGGCCUCUAACUUUUACGGUAAAGAGUGGGCUCCUGGGCUUGUUAGCCGGGUUCUGCGGGCCUGGGAUGACUACUGCUGUGUCAGCUUUGAGCGCUUGCAGGCUCACACCCGUGAGCGAGAAGGACUCCUUCUCAACUUGUGCCAGGAAGCCACUGUGGCUAAGAUGUCACCCGAGGUUUGGGAAAGACACUGCCAGGCAGAUCAUUUGCCGUAUCGCAAUGAUUGCCCAAUUUGCAUUCAAGGAGCUUCCCGUGAUCGCUCCCACUUCACGAAGCAUCCGCAUCUGUUUGAGCUCUCCAGUGAUGUUGCUGGUCCGUACCACAAGGGCCGUGACUUUGGAGGAGCAUGCAGGUAUUUUGUGAUUUUCACAAUAAGGGUGCCGGUCAAAAGUGAUAAGAAGGAGUGGCGGGAUAAGUCUUCUGAAAUAGCUUUCCAAGAAAAGGUUGAUGAGGCUAAGGCCCAGGAUAAAGAGGAUCCCCAUGCAAGCUUGAUCUACCAGCCGCAGCCUUCUCGGGUUAAGGUGUACACAAAGCUUGGGGAUGACUUCCUUGAAGAGCCAAGCUCGGCCGUUGGGGUUUCUUCCACGCCGGGGGAGGAUGAUGACUCAGCUCUUCCUGUGAGCUUUGAGGUUAAAUCUCCUCACAAGCCUCCGCCGCUUCAGCCUGAGGGCAGUGACUCUGAUGAUGGUCAAGAGUUUGUGACUUUGGUGUGGGCUGAACCGCUGAAGACCCGCCAGUCCUUCAAUGUGCAGCUUGCAAUCAUGCGUGCUGUUGCCCGCCUCCGAGCGUUUGGCAUUCCGUGCUUUCGCUUCCAUAGCGACAGGGCUCGGGAAUACUUGAGUGAUUCGCUCGAAAGGUUUCUAGCCGAGCAGGGCAUUCACUCCACAAGGACAGCCCCUGAGGACCAUCCCUCAAACGGCGCCGCUGAGGUCGCGAUUCGAGAAGUCAAGCGAGCGGCCCGCAGAGCUCUUCUUUCGGCGAAUCUGCCUUCGUGCCACUGGCCCACGGCAGUGAGACAUGCCGGAGAAGUGAUGUGGCGUAAGGGCCUUGUUCGUUUGGGUGGUGCGGCCAGGUCUUUGCUGGCUUACGGCACGCCUGUUGAGGCUCGCAAGCGCCUUCGCCACAGGGAUGUUUGGAUGUCCCGAACUCGGUCUGGAGUCCUGAUUGGCCCGGCUCCGCAGACCUUGUCUUCGUACCUUGUGCUGUUUGAGGAUGACACGGUGUGCAUUACGUCGGCGGUGUAUCCUGUUGAUUACCGGCCGCGCCCUCCGUCUGAGCCUGCUGAGCCUCCUCUUAGGCCGAAGCCCUUGUCGGGUUCCAGCACAGGUGCGUUUUUGCCGACGCCCCACUACCGUCACGGCUCCAAGGGCCCUUCUGUUCGGGUCACGUUGCAAGGCCCUUCUCUUCCUGCUGCGGGGGGGAUGAGUGCCAUAGCAGAUUUUUCGGAUUUUUACGGUUCGGGCGAAUUUUCCCGUCGGAGUUUUUCUGAGUCUGAGGAUUCCUUGAAAGCUGGUUCGGAUGGGCCGGUUGACUUCUUGUCAGAUUCGUCUGACUUUCCACAGACAGCUGGGAUGCCGGAAGUUCCCCAGCAGGAGUUCUCGACCUUGCAAGGUGUCUGUGAAGAUCCAGCUGCGUCUGAUGAGGUUUUUUCUUCUGAGGAUAGAAGGGAAUCCGGAGAGGACUCAUGUUCAGAGAGCCCGGGGGAGAUCGCAGAAACCCGUGAAGCGGAUGACGCUCCGGGAAUGCCGCCUACCAAUUUGGGCGAGGGUUCAAGAGGCCCGGGGGAGCCUUGUGGGCAUCGGGUUCUAAGGUUUGUGGGUCCGAACCCACAGCGUAUGCCUGAGGCCAAUCCAGCCCCUGGUGGCAGAAAUGUGCAAGGCAUCAACCGCCGCGUGCUUCAGAUCUCCUUUGCCUACAUGUCUCCUGACCAGUGGGCAGCGGUGUGUUAUCUUGAAGAGGAGGAAUUUGAACGUCAGAUGUCGGACUUUACCCGCUUCUUGGAUCCUGGUGAUCCUGUUGAUGGGGAUACCGAAAUCCCCUUCCUCCUUCUUCGGGGUACCUUGAGAAAUCACCGCUGGGAUCGUUAUCCCACCAUGGAAUAUCAAGAUGCCGAUGGCCGCCGGGCCCCGUUGUUUGAGGAGCCACCCAGUCCCUUGGCUGUGCCUGGUCCCAUUGACCCGCCUCAUAUUCGGGCACUCCGAGUGAAGGACGAGGCCUCCAGUUCCUCAGGGUCCUACAGCGCUUCAUCUAGCCAAGGCUAUCCGCCACCAAUGCGUGCUGAGGCCUCGUGUACGGCCGACCGUCCCGGCCAAGGCUACUCGUCACCCAUGCCUGCUGAAGCUCCUGCGGUCCCAGACCCGUCUGGUUCGGUGUCCAGCUUUUCUUCAGGAUCGCUGGAUGUGUCAGCAACGGGCCCGGUGUCUUCUAGUUCUGGGAACACCUCCACUGUGGAUACUUACUCCACCCUGCAAUCUAGCAUCGCUGAAUGGACCAUUGAUCCUCCCAGCAAUCCUCUAUGCCACAUGCUCCAGUCAGGUGCACCGCUGAGCCCUUACAUCAUUCAGAUUGGGCUGCAGGGCUGUGUGGAAGUUCUUGAGAAUGAUGAUGAUCUUGAAAAAACGUUGCAUUAUGCAAUUCGGGGUUUCCAGUCCGAGCAACGAGGAGGCCGUAUGCUUCCCAACGCUCUUGAGCCUAAGGUUGGCUGGAUUGUGGUUGGAGCUAUGAUAGCCCGUUGGUUAGAGGAUAAUCCUGAAAGUGCGAGUGGCUAUGAUGUCCCUGAAAGGGUUAAAGCCAUCGCCUUAGGAAUAGCCACUUCCACGGUGCCUGAAGCCCCCGCCCCGUCGAUGUAUGACUUUUGGUUGAAAAAACUUGAUCAUAAUGAUAGAGCGGAUGUGAAUGUUCCAACUCCGCGAUGGGACAGGCGGUAUGCAGUGCUGAGUGAUCGGGAAGCAGAACGACUCCAACGUGGUCGUCCAGUCGAUGAACCAGCCAGUGGCUGGAAUGAGCUCGAUCUGCAAAGCUUUGGCUGUUUGGUUCACACCAUGCACAACCCCGAGCAUGCCUUUAUGAUCGGACUGUUUGUUCUUCGGGGUCGAAAUUGGACCACCAUGCCUGAGGUGCGUAUGAUUUGGGAUCACCGGCAUACCAAUGCUCCUGUGCCCUAUGUGUUUGGGUAUCAGCCCGGUGGCUUGAAUGAUCAGAACACUGAGUACGAGCUUGACCUCCUUGGCGUCGUAGAAACCGAAAGGGUCGUCGACUUUGAAGGCGAACCCAAUCGUCGCGCCUACCUUUACCGGGCCAUCCGAUAUGGUCAACCUCCUCAGUGGUUUCUGAUCGAAAGUAACAUGAUAUGGCAAGAUCGGUUCCGCUCUUCUGAAGAGACCGGUCGCAACCCAGUUCCCAAUCCCCAAGGGCCUCCGCCCUUUGAGAACAGGAGAGAUCGUUCUCCGCGUCGGGACCCUGAUGCUGGGCCUGCCUUUCGUGUUGCCCGGCUCUUCUCUAGCUCUGGUGGUUCCCCGUCGGCAACAGAAGCGUUCUCUCCGUGUGAGACCUUCUGCAAGCAGGUGCUUCUUGAAGGACACCCCGUUUCCACGGGUCAGCUUGCAAAUGCUAUCCGUUUGUACGUUCAAGAUAAGAAAGCGGUCAAUCGGAUCGCGAAGCGCCCUCUUGCCGGGAACCAGAAAGAUGAAGCGUCAGGAGCAACGCUCCCUCCUUGGUUCUGGUCUUCCGGGGCUUGGGUUUUCAGUGCUAAGGUUGGAAUCACCAAUACGGUGCAUGAGUGCCCGUGGCUCACUCGCCUUCUUGCUGUGAGCCUCUUCCACCGCACUGGGCAUUGCUUUGCCUCUGUUGGCUUUGUUGUCAACAUUGAGUCAGAGAUUCAUCGGGACUCUCACAAUUCCCUUGAGUCAAUGAAUGUGGUUUGGAAUGUUGGGCAAGGCUCCGGUUCCCUUGAGGUUCGUGGCCAGGAGAUGCCUCUUCCGCCCAAUGCCUGGCUUAGCUUCCCCCCGCGUGAUCUCCACAAGUCUGGAAGUUGGGAAGGGGACAAAAUUCUGGUUUUGGGUUACACCCCUAGAUCUCUUGAAAAGUUAACUUCUUCGGAUCUUCUAAGCUUGAGAUGGGUGAAUAUGCCAAUCCAGGACCUUGAGCCUCUGUCGUCGUCUUCCGUCAUCGGAGAACCCUCUCCUGGAGACGGCGUGUCGAAGUUGCUUCCAGAUGAGUGUGAUUCAGGUGAAGAGGAAGCAGACCUCCCGGCAGAGGAAUCUUGGAGUCAGGUGACUCAGGGAUAUGAGCAAAUGCACCAAGCAGUGACGCAUUUCUUGAAGUCACUGCAACGAUCUGUUGUGGGCGCUUCUUCAGAAGGCCCAGUUGACCCUAUCACUCUGCAGGCGAUGCGCGAAGCCUCCUCCCUUCGAAAUGAGUUGGGCUGGCAUCUAGAACUUGCGCGCCUGUAUGGCUGCGAUGAGCCUGUUAGUUCCUCCUCGUGGAGGGUGUGUGCCGCUGCCCCUGCAGCCGAACAUCUUGAGUCUCAGCCCUUGCUGCAUACCCGCAUCGUCUCGAAUGAGGAAGUCCGUGAGAAACUGCAUGAAUGGCGUGAUGCCAUGAAAGCAGAGUGCGAUUCCUUAAUUUCGAAGGGUGCUGUUGAGCUUGUGGCAGACAGUCAAGUUGAAAAAUGGAUUUUAGAUGGUGAAGAUGUAGAGAUCCUCCCCGGCCGGGGUGUUGCCACUGAAAAGCCCCCUGUAGCUCCCGGAUCCACUAAGAGGAAUAAGUAUAGAGCUGUAAUUUGCGGCAAUUUUCAAAAGUGGUCCGAGGAAAGGGCGGCAGAGUCCUUCUAUGCCGGAGGAGCGGAUUCUCUUUCGAUCCGCACUGCCUUGAGAUGGGCGGGCAUGAGGAAGCACGGUGGUUCAGGAACUGAUGUCAAGACUGCCUUCCUCAACGCUCCUCUUGAUGAGCAGGAGGCAGAGUAUCUGAUCUGCAAUCCACCUAAGGUGCUGUAUGCCGCGGGAGUUAUCCCGAGGGGCUAUAAGUGGAGAGUCCACGGUGCUCUCUACGGACUCCAGACCUCGCCUCGUGCUUGGUCCCGCCUCCGGGACAAAACCUGCAGAGUCCUGACCUGGACCGUUGAUGGCGAGAAUCGCCAUUUGCAACAGUGUGUUGCUGACCCCAACAUUUGGCUUGUCAAGUCCCCUUGCGGUGAGACUGUUGCCUUGAUGUGUUGGUAUGUCGAUGAUCUCCUAGUGUUGGGACCUUGGUCGGAGCGAUCUGCUCUUCUUGAAAAAAUCAAGGCCACAUGGGAGUGCAGCGCAUUUACGCAUACUGAAGAUGGCCCAGUUGAAUAUUGCGGUCUUGAGAUUUCGGAGUCUGCUGAUGGUCUUUUGAUUGGGCAGACUAAGUACAUCAAGGAACUCUUGAAGAGGCACAACGUGCAGGGGAGUGCAAAGUCUCCGUGUGCCGCGUGGUCAGCCAACUUCGAUGAUGGCGAAAGCCGUGAUGACCCGGUUGAUCCGGAAGCGGUUAAGGCCGCUCAAAGCAUAACUGGUGAGCUACUGUGGCUCUCAGUUCGAGCGCGCCCAGAGCUGUCUUUUCCAGUCAGCCGCAUGGCACAGUUGACCACCAAGAGGCCAAAGGAUGCGCUAAGCAUUGGGCAGGGAGUGUUGCGUUUCUUGAAUUCCUCACCCUCCCAGUGCAUUGUGUAUGGCCCUCCUCCUGGUGAUUGCGGGGCCUCUCAACAGUAUCCGAGGCCGGUCGUUGAAACGACGUUGCAUGCUUUUGCAGACGCCUCUUUUGGGCCAAGUUCAGGCAGAUCCCACCAGGGUCUGCUAGUGUGCUGGGCUGGAGCUCCGCUCCACUGGGAAUCUGGCCGCCAGACGCUGACUGCUCUGUCAACCGCUGAGAGCGAGCUGAUCAGCUACGUCUGUGUUGUGCAAGCAGCUGAAGCUGUUGAGGCCUUGAUUGGGGAGAUCUUUCCAGAGCCCCUUACUCGAUCCCUCUUCGGAGAUAAUUCUUCAGCAAUAAGCAUUGUAAGCGGCCCCCCAACUUCCUGGAGAUCCCGCCACUUAAGACUUAGGUCCCAUGCCCUACGUGAAAGGAUCGAAAAUGGUGUUUGGACGGUUUAUCACUUAAGCGGCUUACUGAUGCCCGCCGAUAUCCUUACGAAGGCGAUGACAGCUUCAAAAUUCGGCGACAUGUUGCCGUUCUUAGGGGUUAAGAAUCCGUCUGAGGAUUGUAGGUUGCGGCUGGCCGCAGUGCUGGCAUGCUGUGCCCUGCUUCUGAAAGGGCAAGGCUCUCCUGAGCCUGAGGGUUGGGGUUGGGUUAUAGUGUACCUUACGGUUGUGAUCUUAGCCUACGAGGGUUUUAGGUCCUUCCUUAGGAGGUUCUUAGGCUUAGUUGCGUAUGUGUUCCCAGGCCUCGGUGCUCGAUUUCCCGGGGUUCUGGAUGUACAUUCCUCGCCCGGUACCGGGACCACGCAGCCGCCUGCCGCAAGCACCCCACCUUCCUCUUCCACACAGUUGCCAGCCCCUGGUGCUCGACUUCCCAGGGGUUCGUCCUCCUCCAUCGGUGCUCGACUUCCCGGUGGAGCCCCUUCAUCCUCUAGAUCUCUUUCGAAUCUCCGAUCUAUCGGAGUAAAUACCAACCCUGAGGACUACGCUCCUCUUCCUCCUGUUCUUCCAGCUGCCCCUGCAGCUGCCUACCGUCAUCCAAUCGACCUAGUGAGCCAUUCCACUUCCAGCGGCUCCCACUGGCAUCAAAAUCCCGAGUGCUACCAUCUCCGAAACCGGGAUCAUUCAUCACUGCUUCCGUGCAGUGACUGUGUGGUUGGCCGUACGGUCUUCCAUACCAAUCUCCCUACUGGACUUCGACGCCGCAGGGGAGGGUGA